UGAGAUGAGAUUUGGAAACCCGUCGGCACAACACAGUACAUGCAGCAUUCCCCCAUGAAACGUGGCGUCACAAAUGCUUACGUGUUUCUUCUCUUCCUAGGCUAGUCCAGUCCAGUGAUCCCCCACUUCCCCAAUCCCCCACACUUUUUGUUUUCUGCUCCUGCCUCUCUCCUUCUCUGCUAGAUUCUUUGGAUCUAUCGAUCCAAUUUUACUAAGUAGAAAACUAUUCAGAAACUUUCCCACUUAAGAAUUAAGAGGUACUUUACACUAGUACUCUGUAAUUGCAGGUUUUAAUGGCUCUUAAAUUCACUUACUGUUAAAAGAUAGCCUUUAAUUCAAUCUCUUUUCUUCUUUCCUUCUAUUUUAAUCAUAAAAUCUCACAACUCCACCCACUGUUAUUCGACUUCUUGGAACUAUUAGCCAUAUUUCUCCAAGUACUUGGUCUAUUUGAAGUUCCACAUUGUGAAUUCUAGGUUUAAAAAAAGCAAUAGAAGUACGUGCGUUGGAUAAGGAAAACAGAGAGAGUUGCUGAAUAUUGCGUGUUGAUUUCAGUAUGUAUGCUAUGAGAUAAAUAGACACAUUUGUUGUCUAUGACGGCGUUAAAGUCUUGGAGAUGGUUAUCAAAAAGCAGGAAUCUCAUUACAGAUAAGGGUUCAAAUGGACUAAAGAUGAAACAGUUACCGUUUAUGGGAAUUUUGUGUACAUUUAUGUUGUUUAUUGUGUACAGAACAACAAAUUAUCAGCAUCAUCAUACAAAGAUGGAGACUAGGUUGAAUCCCUUCAACGCAGAGAAGGGUUCAACCGAUGCUUUCAGUAGGGUGAAUUAUCUACCUCAUGGUAUAGUUCAAGCUAGGUCAGACUUGGAGCUAAGGCCCUUAUGGUUUACAAGUAGCGCGAGUAAGAUUAAGGUGUCUAGCCAUCAGAACCUUCUGGCAAUACCUGUUGGUAUUAAGCAAAAGGAAAAUGUAAAUGCUAUUAUGCAGAAGUUUCUUUCAGGAAAUUUUACAAUUAUGCUAUUCCACUACGACUCCAAUGUCGAUGGAUGGCAGGAUCUUGAGUGGGGUAACAAGGCAAUUCAUAUUAUUGCCGAGAAUCAAACAAAAUGGUGGUUUGCAAAACGUUUUCUACAUCCAGAUGUUGUUUCUACUUAUGAUUAUAUUUUCAUUUGGGAUGAAGAUUUGGGUGUUGCUAAUUUCCACCCAGGGAGAUACCUGAAAAUUAUGAAAGCAGAGGGACUGGAGAUAUCACAACCAGCUUUAGACCCAGAUUCGUUGGAAAUACAUCAUAAAAUAACCAUUCGCAAAAGAUCCAAGAAAUUCCACAGGAGAAUCUAUGAUAAUCGAGGAAGUGUCAGAUGUUCGGAUGCUAGCCAAGGACCACCCUGCACCGGAUGGGUGGAGGGGAUGGCACCAGUAUUUUCCAGAUCUGCUUGCCAUUGUGCUUGGCAUCUCAUCCAGAAUGAUCUUGUUCAUGGAUGGGGAAUGGAUAUGAAACUUGGGUAUUGUGCUCAGGGUGACCGAACGAAGAAGGUAGGAGUCAUUGAUAGUGAAUAUAUUGUACAUCAAGGUGUACAAACUCUAGGAGGAGCAUCCUCUAGAAAGGUUAAAAAUAACGUUCUUGAAGAACCUGUACAGAAACGAAGAUCUCCAGCAGUUGAUGUUCGGUCUGAGAUAAGGAGACAAUCAAUCUUGGAGCUUCAAGUAUUUAAACAGAGGUGGGAGAAGGCUGCUAGGGAAGAUAAAGAGUGGGUUGAUCCGUACAUGCGAAACCGAAAGCUCAUCCCACUUGGAAGAUAAUAAAGAAGUCUGAUUGUGUCAUAUAUAUAUACACGUAAUAUCACAUAUCUAGUUAUCAUUCUACUUGCUUCUUUCCACGGGUUCUUCUCCCUUUUGUAGUUUAUCCUAACCCAUAAUCUAAUUUAUUGAUGAAGUAGUGUUUUCAUCUGCUCCUUUUUCUUUCCGUUGUUAUUGUCAAGUAGCGUCUUAUUGAUUAACUUUUUUUUCUCUCU